AUGAUCCAGGCCUGGCGACUUUGCUGUGAGCCCUCACGUUGCACGAGUAUCUGCAGGGAGAUCCUCACCUGCAGGGACAGGGAGAGGGUGACAACAGCAGCCCCUUUGGCUGCUCUUCACCUCCCUCCCAGCUCCCAGCAGACGCUACCUGCGCRCAUUGGCCUCUCAUUAGAAGCCAAUUCUGCAAACAGCUCUGUCACACUUGUGACAUUACUGUGUGCCAUUUACCCACACAAACACUGCUCCCUUUCUUGCUCUCUUUUUAUUUAGAUAUUAAGAAGAGCAGACAAGAAUGAUGAUGGCAAACUAUCCUUCRAUGAAUUCAAAGCUUACUUUGCCCRUGGAGUUCAGGGUGCAGAAGAACUGCAUGAACUUUUCCAUGGCAUCAAUACGCACAAAACUGACAAUCUUGGCACAGAAGAGCUCUGUGACUAUUUUUCCCAGCAAUUAGGAGAGUUCGGAAAUGUUCUGUGUGUCUUGGAAGACUUAAACAUCACUGUACUGAAGGCAAUGGACAAAACAAAACAAGACCCAGCAAAACCAGAAGCCCUCUUGGUCCAAUGGCCAGAAAAAUAUUCAGCUCGAAGGCUUCUAAGAAACAACAGCCAAUUUGGCAAUAUGUUGCCAAACUGCCCUCAUUUUAACACAGGGUGGACUGAAGAAGACAAUCAGUGGAUAAUCCAGAUAAACAGACUCCAAAAGCUGAUUGACAGACUGGAAAAGGAGGACCUAAAGCUCGAACCAUUUGAAGAAGUUUUAGAAGAAAACGCAAGAUCUCACAUCCUGAUUGUUCGGCACCAAAUAUCCGUGCUGGAAGAAGACACAGAGGCGCUGCGGCCUGCUCUGACGCAGUAGGUGGAACAUGCUUGUGUCCAGGGUGGCUGCUUGCAUGUUUCCAUACAGAAGCUUUCAAAUGACUCCUGCUUCAUUGUAUAUGAGUUGUGGGAGAGCAGCAACACCUGGAAUAGCCACCUUCAAGCAAAUUACAGCAAAUCAUUCCAAAGAAAUAACGUGGACUUCUUGGAAACUCCAGAGCUCAUGAAAACAAUGCUAGUUCCUGCAUCGUGGUGGGUCCUCAAGGGCAACUAG